AUGGGGUUACCUGGAUCCCUAGGAGCACCUGGAAAUAAAGGAAACUCUGGUCCUAUUGGAAAUCAAGGAGAUAAAGGAAGUCCUGGAGCUCCAGGCUCCCAAGGGGCUACUGGAUUGGUUGGAGAUAGAGGUCAGCCAGGACAAAAAGGACAACCUGGACAGCCAGGAACUAUAGGAAAUAAAGGCGCUCCUGGUGCUCAAGGUUCUACGGGCGGUCCUGGGCAGUCUGGUCAAUCUGGUGAUAUUGGAUUACCUGGUUCGACUGGAGCCACUGGUCAAAUUGGUGUGCCUGGACCGUCUGGAGAAAAAGGAUUGCCUGGUAGUCCAGGUCCGCAAGGACCUAAAGGGGCUUCUGGUGCAACAGGAGCUCCAGGGCUAAAUGGUAAUUUAGGACAACAAGGUAAUAAAGGGGCACCGGGUGUUCCUGGUAGUGCUGGAUUCAUUGGAUUACCAGGUGCUCAAGGUUUCCAAGGGCAAAAAGGGCAGCCAGGAUCUCCUGGGUCAAAUGGUGCUACUGGAUCAAGUGGAUUGCCUGGUCCAAGUGGACCUCAAGGUGCCACUGGAUUUCCUGGCGUUGUUGGUGAUACUGGAUUGCCAGGAACACAAGGACAAAGAGGCUUGCAAGGGUCGCCAGGCUUGCCAGGUCCUCAAGGAUCUCCAGGUUUGCAAGGAUCUCCAGGAGAUCAAGGCUUUCCAGGACCAAAUGGAGCAAUGGGUUUAAUUGGACUUCCCGGUGUCCAAGGUGUUAUGGGAGAUAAAGGAACUCCUGGUCCUAUUGGUCCUUCGGGUAUCAGAGGUUUACCAGGGCCUAGAGGCGAUACAGGAGCUCCUGGACCAAAUGGUCAGCAAGGUUCUCCUGGACAACAAGGACCUCAGGGUCAACCUGGGGAUACCGGGGAUCCCGGAUCAGCUGGACCCACUGGAAACCCAGGUAUUUUUAGUUAUUUUUUGUUAACUUUUUCACUAUUUAUUAAACUAGUUUAA